AUGAUCAACUAAUCUGCAAAGACCUUUUUACAAAGAUAACUUGCCUUGACCCAGUUGAAUCUCAGAGGGUUCGCUGUUGCUGCAAACCAAUCAAAGCAAAUUCACUUGUUGCUUUUCGGAGCUCCAGGUGUUGGCAAGGGUACAUACUCAAAGCUAAUCGAAAAGGAUUUCGAUAUGCCUACUUUCUCAAUGGGUGAGUAUUUCAGAGGACUCAUCAACAAUCCAUCUGCUGAUUAAGCAGACCCAUUCUUGAAUCAAGUUAGAGGGAUCCUCAGAUCUGGCAAACUAGUAAAUGACUAGACUGUGAUCGAUGUGGUUAAGAACAUCAAGCUUUCAAAGAAAUUUGAUCAGCACUAAGGUAUGCAGUUUGAUGGUGUACCAAGAACUCUAAACCAAGCAAAGAUGAUGAGUGAGUUUUUAAAGAUUGAUCUAGUCAUCAACUUCUUUAACAGAGACGACAUCCUGCUAGAGAAAUUGAUGUCGAGAAGAGUGUGUCCUUCAUGCAGCAAGAACUACAAUGUUGCGAACAUCAACAGAGAUGGUUAUCAUAUGAAACCUCUUCUACCCAAAAAAGAUGUCUGCAAGUGUGAUGUUUGUAAUGUAAAUCUUGUAAUUAGAGACGAUGAUAAGGAAUCUAUCAUCAAGGAUAGAAUGGAUGUCUACCGUAAUCAGACCCAACCAAUUUUGGACUUCUAUAAGAGUAUCUCUCAGGAGACUAAGGUAAUAGACUUCGAGGCCAAGAAAGGUAUCGACGACUAUCCAGAGAUUAAGCAGAUCUUAAAGGACACUCUUAAGAUUUGA